AAUAAAGAAUGUUUACAUAUUAGGUAUUUAAAUAAAAGAAAUAUUUUUGACAAUGGCCGAUAGAUGGUUCUUAUUCUUGAAAACAUUAACAUUAUAUGCCAGAAUUUCAAAAGUUAAAAAUUUUUGAUGUCACUUUAGCGUUUAUAAUUAGUAUGUUCAAUAAUUCAAUUCAUUAUAUAAUUCACGUUGUAAAACUGAUGCGUCUAGGAAGUAGUAUUGAAUAAAAAGAAGGCAAGUUUUUGUGUUCAUUUCUAUAUUCUAAUAUUACUAUGAUCUUACCAGGUAUAAAAUUAAUAACAUUCGAUGCAACAAAUACUUUAAUGAAAUACCGUGUGCCGCCUUGGGAUUAUUACGCCAUUGUGGCCGAAAAGCAUGGAUUUAAGGUCGAUGGGAAACAAGUAAAACAGGAUUUUAAAAAAAAUUACACAGAACUUAUGAAACACCAUCCUAACUUUGGGAAGCAAAGCAUCAAAUGGGAGAAUUGGUGGGAUGAAAUAAUUAAACAAACAUUUCAAGACAAACUUCCAAUAUCUAGUAUUAAUAAGAUUUCAAAACAGUUAAUAGAAGAUUUUACAUCAACUAAAUGUUUUCUUAAAGCAAAUGGAUGUGAUCAAUUAUUAGAAUUACUUAGUAAAAAUGGUAUUGCUUUAGGGGUUAUCUCGAAUUUUGAUCCUCGCCUUCAUAAGAUACUAAAUAAUUUGAAUAUAGACAAUUGCUUUGAAUUUAUUCUUACAUCUUAUGAAAUGGGUUUUAGUAAACCUGACAAACAGCUUUUCAAAAUCGCCCAGGAGAAAAUCAAUGGAGUCACAUGUGGUUCACAAUGUCUUCACAUUGGAGAUGACUUUAUUAAAGAUUACGAGGGUGCUGUGAAAGCUGGGUGGAACGCUGUACUCAUAACCAAGGAAACAGAUUUCAAGGAACCUUAUACAUGUGUUAAAAUAUUUAAAAACUUAUUAGACUUACACAAUGCUAUUGAAAGUCACAAGUUAUGUUUUGCUUAAUUGUUAUUAAUAAUAAUAUUUAAGUUGAAAGUUUAUAAUUGUUGUAUGUGAUAAAUAUAUAUUACUAAUUAUUUUUACUAAAACAAGAUUUUUUUUUACUAAAUGUAUAAAUGUAAUGAAUAAGAAAUAAUCUAUGGACUUGUAAUAAUAUAUUUUUACUAUUUAAAA